AUGUCUGGCAACCCGUUCCAGCCCCUAGCUGCGCAUCUCCAAACACCAACACCCCGGAGACAGUCCAAUGCGCUAGGGUCAAGCUCGACAGCACCACCACCGCCCCCCGUCACCCCGUCUGGCAAUGCGAACGGUAAUGACCAGAACGGACAGCAUCAGCCUCGUCGGCGAAAGAAUCACCGUGGCGGAGCCAAGAAGAAGCGCAAUCGGCGCAAGUCCUUCGCUGUCUUACCGGAGGAGUCCCACGACGAAGCUCCGGCACCCUCCAACGACCGCGACGAGUUCUACCUCCAUCGCUCUAAUCUGAGCAAUACUAGCAUUGAGAGCGAGGCACUCCUGGAUCACCGAGACCAGCAAUCACUCCGGACCCGGCGGCCAUCGAUCAUGACGCCCGGCGGUGGGUUUCCCUCGGCCACGCCGCAGACGAGCAGCCGAUUGCGAAACUCCUACAUUGGUGACAGCGCCGAGGAAGGUGAACAGUCGUGGGAUGAGGGUGCUCCUCUCUUGUCCAAGUCAAUUCAGCGUACCGCAACAGCUCCGAUCUUCCCUAGCUACGGCUCCAGCGAUCCUCGUCAACGCGUCAGUCGUCGCGGAUCCAGUCGGUCCUCACGAACGAAGCUUGCACCGUCGUUCCCGAAUGAGAGCUAUAAUGUUAAUUACCCUCCCUCGAUGCCCGGGUCGCCUCAGUUCAGGCCAUCUGAUCCGUUGAACUUGAGCUUUGGGGAUGUCAUGAUCCACGAUGACGAGAUUAACAUUCAAGUGUCUCCGCGCGGCGGCAGCCGUAGGGACAGUGGGUGCUCGCAUUCCGACCAUGAACCUCGCAUGGAUUCAUCGCCUGAUCUGGCGCGGAGAAACACGAUCGCCUUGACUGCGCAGGAAGAUGUUUGUUUCCCGAGUGGGAUAUCCGAGAUCGGAGAGGAGGAAAUGCACUCAUCCCAGGACCCCGAAGCGAAGCCCCGCCCGAGACGACGUCGCCGCCGCUGGCCUGAUUUGGCAAUGCUCGAGGAAUGGAGCCGAUUUGAGAAGGAAGGACGUUCGGAUGAACGGCGGGUCAAGCGCAUCACUGAGCCGCAGCUCAUCAAUGGACGUCUACGUCCAGUCACCAGGGAGUGGUACCGCGCCGAGGAAGAGUCGCCAUACCGAUUCACAUAUUUCAACGAAGAGUUCCAGAGCACAAUCCACAGCCAGACAAUUUCGGAACUUGUGCAACCAGGUGGAAACUUCCAAGAGCUCUUCAUCCCUGAUCCCCGCAUCCUUUCCGAUGAUGAGAGCGAGGACAGCGACGAGGAAGGCGAUACGGUACCUCUGUCUCAUGUGAACACCCAUCACUCACAGAGUGUUCACAAUGGUGAAUCCAGAGCACCUACGCGACAGCCGUCGCUGGCUAACACCCAGCCCAUUCAUGGUGUCGCCUCUCCAGAGAAGACUUCAGGUGGCAGCUCACGAGCUGGCUCUGUUCACCGUACUCCAACAGGCGUUAGGUCACCAGUCGUGGGCAACCAAACAACUCAAACGCCAGAGUUGCUGGUCAAGACGCCGAGGUACGGCGAGCGACCUGUCUGGUGGCUGGAUGUUCUCAGCCCGACUGAGGCGGAGAUGAAGGUGCUGUCCAAGGCGUUCGGUAUCCAUCCGCUUACUGCCGAAGAUAUCAUGGUCCAGGAGGCGCGAGAGAAGGUGGAAUUGUUUCGCCACUACUACUUCGUCAACUACCGAUCUUUCGAUCAGGAUCAGAACAGUGAAGACUACCUGGAGCCCGUCAACAUGUACGUCAUCGUGUUCCGUGAGGGUGUCAUUAGCUUCCACUUCUCCAUGACGCCGCACCCUGCCAACGUGCGCCGGAGAAUUCGCCAGCUGAAGGACUACCUGAUUGUUAACUCUGAUUGGAUAUCGUACGCCAUCAUCGACGAUAUCACCGACGUUUUCGUCCCCUUGAUUCAGAAUAUCGAGGAUGAGGUUGACGACAUUGAUGAUGCUAUUCUGAGGCUGCACUCUCAUUCCGAUGACUCGAAGAGUCAAUGCGACGAAAAGGCAAGCAGCACAGGAACAACCAUAGGAUCAGAGGGAGACAUGCUUCGACGUGUGGGUGACUGCCGCAAGCGUGUCAUGAGUCUUUACCGUCUGCUCGGCAACAAGGCAGACGUUAUCAAGGGCUUUGCGAAGCGCUGCAACGAGCGUUGGGAGGUCGCCCCGAGGUCUGACAUUGGACUGUAUCUGGGCGAUAUUCAGGAUCAUAUUGUGACGAUGACGUCCAACCUCAGUCACUAUGAGAAGAUCCUCGCUCGGUCUCACGGCAACUACCUUGCCCAGAUUAACAUCCGCAUGAACGAACGACAGGAGCAGACCGCCGACGUUCUCGGUAAGCUCACAGUAUUGGGUACCAUUGUGUUGCCCAUGAAUAUCAUCACCGGUCUGUGGGGUAUGAACGUGUGGGUUCCAGGCCAAGAAUACGAGGGCGACCUCAAAUGGUUUUGGGCAAUCACCGCUGGCCUGUUGGCAUUCGGACUGGCCUGUUACAUGAUUGCGAAGCGGGUUUACAAUAUUGUAUAA